AUGUGUACUCCUGAUAGUGCAAGUAACACUCAAUCAGUUGUAACUGAUUAUUUCGCUUGGCGUUUAAAAAAUAAAACAAUAACAAAUAAUCGUUUAUUUAAUAUUAUACGUAAAAUUGCUGUUGAUUGUGAAGCAUCUUAUUGUAUUCAACAAGCAGCAUUUAAAUUUCAUUUUUCAUCAUCAAUAAUUGAUCUUCAAAAUAUUCAUCGUGAAAUAGCGAACGAAUUAUUUAACGAUGGAAUAAUAACAUGGACUCGAAUUAUAACAUUUAUUUCAUUUUCAGCUAUACUAGUUGAAUAUCUUAUACAAGAAAAAAAGCAAAAACACAAUAUGGAUUUUUUAAUUUCAUCUAUUACUGAUUGGACAACGAAUUUUAUUGAUAAUAAUCUUCGUACAUGGCUUGAAAGUCAAAACUAUUGGCACUAUUGUUGGAUAUGUAUGGAAUUAAUGAAUACAUCACUCGGAAAUCUGUUUAAAUUUGCUUAUCAUAAACUUGAUCAGUUUAUACUUGGAGAUAUUCUUGCCUAUAUAGCACUAGUUUCAACAACAACAAUAACACUUUUUAAUUCUGGAACUACUAAUCAAAUAUUUGAUAUAACAAGUGCUCUUAACUAUGAUUUGAAUUCUCAUGUAUAUUUAUCAGUAAAAAAUAAUUUUAGUAUUCUUCUAGCUAAUUCUACGUGUCUUUAA